CCGUAAUGCACUUCCGUCCGGGUUCAGCUCUUCCGCGAGCCCGGGACGCGGGCUUAGGCAUGGGGUUAGCCGGCCUGGCGCGGCUGCAUGGGCUCUUCGCCGCCUACAAGCCCCCGGGGCUAAAGUGGAAGCAUCUGCGCGAUACCGUGGAGCUGCAGCUUUUGAAAGGUCUCAAUGCUGGGAAGCGUCCUGCCUCUGAACAUCGUGUUCGCUUCCUGCUGGGCCCCGUGGAAGGCAGUGAAGAGAAGGAGCUGACCCUCACAGCCACCAGUGUGCCCACCCUCAUCGACCAUCCGCUGGUACGUGGACCAGCAUUCACCAGGCUGAAGAUUGGCAUGGGCCACCGACUGGAUGCCCAGGCGUCUGGGGUGCUUGUGCUCGGCGUGGGACGUGGACGAAGUCUCCUCACCGACAUGUACAACGCUCACCUCACCAAGGACUACACAGUACACGGCCUCCUGGGCAAAGCCACAGACGACUUCUGUGAGGACGGGCGGCUGGUGGAGAAGACGACGUAUGACCACGUGACCAGAGAGAAGCUGGAGAGAAUCCUGGCCCUGAUCCAAGGUUCCCAUCAGAAGGCUCUGGUGAUGUACUCCAACGUUGACCUACAGACCCAGGAGGCCUAUGAGAUGGCCGUGAGCGGCGUGAUGCGGCCCAUGAACAAGUCCCCGAUGCUGAUAACUGGCAUCCGAUGCCUCCAGUUUGCGCCUCCAGAGUUCCUCUUAGAGGUGCGGUGCAUGCAUGAGACGCAGAAGCAGCUGCGAAGGCUGGUGCACGAAAUUGGCCUGGAACUGAAGAGCACCGCUGUCUGCACCCAGGUGCGGCGUACACGCGAUGGUUUCUUCACCCUGGACGAUGCCCUCCUAAGGACCCAGUGGGACCUGCCGAGCAUCCAGGAUGCCAUCCAGUGCGCAGCACCCCGAGUGGCAGCAGAGCUGGAGAAGAACUUGGGGCCGGGGCUGGGCACCCAGCAGCCCUCCAGUCCAGGCUGGCCCUGGGACUCCGAGGGGCCAAGCUCUGCCUUGGGGCUGGAGAGCCAUGCAGGGCAUUGAAAGGCCAGGCAGUUGGUGGAGCAGUGGGUGUAUAAAGAUAAGAAUUGUUCAUGAGCCAGAACUGAUGACUGUGCAGAAC